CGUUUCACUGUGGCUAAUAAGUAGGUAAAUCUCGAUUCGAUUCUCGUUAUCAAUUUACGAAUAUACUCGUUGAUGUUAUAUCCAUAGUUUUGUUGAUAAUCGUACGUUGUGUGAUCUUCAAAUAGUGCAAACUACAUAUCUUGUGUCGACGCUGUUUGUGUUACGAGUACUUCCAUAAAAUAAAAUAUGAGUUCGGAAGAUUUCUUCGGUUACUGCGCUGACGGACAUCUGCACCAGAUCCGAUCAGAUUACGUGUUAACUGCGAUGCAAUCUGGCGAAGAUUUCGAAUCGAAGAUGUUUUUUCCGGCCGAUAUCGAAGAAUCGUCCAUCGAAGACGAAAGUUCAUUUGUUCCUUUGGCACCGACGAAUUGCCCUAAUCUCGAAAAGAUGUUAUUCUUUGAUCGACCCUGGCGUACGAACAAGCUGCCAGAAAGAAGAUUAGCGCCUUACCAUCCGAAUAACGACGACGCGCGAACACCGGCCAUAUUUUUAAUGGAUUUCGAAAAACAUGAAGAUCGAUUCUCAGAAACCAAAGAGCGAGGUAAAGAAAGCUUGUACGAGUUGAUUAAAGACGCUCUCCUACCCGAAGUUGACCUCGAGCAAGCUCAAGGAAUGACGUACGAAAUCCUGAGACAGAUAUUUUUGCGAAAAUUUUGGUCCAUCGAAGAGCAGCAAAAGACGUAUUCGGAUUUGCGAAGUAGUCAAUAUCCCAUGUACCAAGAACAACACGUUCGUGACUUCGUCUUUUAUUGGAUAGAGUUGUUUUCAUGCCAGACUUACUAUUUAACUCGAACCAUCUACAAACAGAUCAUGAAAAAGAUUCCUGAGAUUUACCAAGAACCUAUGAAAGAGUUUAAAAAUGGCGGGUUUUUCGAUAAUUUUUAUGGUGCUUUAUUAGAAUUCGAGAAUACCCAGUGGCCUGGAAUGUAUACAGAUUAUACCGAAGAUACGCGACGUUGUUAUCGUAAUGAUAUUCAGUUCUGGCCUCGAAUGAUAUCUUGUGAUGGGGUUUUCGCUACCGUGAUGGCUCUUCUUGGAAUUGGGCUCGGUUGUUAUAUUUAUUUCUUUAAUUCGUGAUUUUUUUUUUUUACAACGACGGUUGUCUAAUUAGUUCACUUUUCAAAUCACACCUUCGUGAAAUUUUUAUACUCAUUGAAGUGUAUUUUCAAGUUGUAAUAUCGCGUAUUUUAAAUUAGCUAUUUUCGAUUUAUGGUUUUUUAAAUUUCAGUCAUUAGCCAAAUUCUUGUCAAAAAUGAUGGCUAUUGUUUUUCAUAUUUGAUAUAGGUAGGUAUUCUUAAUUUUUGAUAGAUAUUUAAAUCAUUUAAAAAUUUAAUUAAUCGCGAUUUAUUUUAAAUUAUUUUAGAUCUUCAAUGCAGAUUUAUGUACUUGUAGUUACUAUAGCUUUUUCGAAUAAAUUUUUAAAUCUCUG